GCCCGGAGGUCAUGGCCGUGCGGGAGGAGCCCUACAGCGGCGUCGCCGGCGCCGUGAUGCCCAACAGCAGGUGCUGCUGGAGGCAGCCGGAGGAGGGAAUUGAUGGUCGUGCCGCUGGAUGCAGCGGUACAACGCAGCACGUGAGACCAAUUCCUCAAUCUCCUGCCCAUGUUUGUAGCUGGAUUUUUUUCAAGGGAGAAGAAAUGCAUCUCCUUUUAACGCUUUGGUUGCACAUGGGUUCAAAUCAGCUGUAUGAAAAACAUCUGUGCAUAUAUACUUUGAGAAAUUCAGAAUGGGCAUUUAGAUGCUAUGGUCUGCUGCUGAUUAGUACUAUUACCCAUGUAAUUUCUGUUGUUAGCGUUUCACAAAAAAAAAAUUCUGUUGUUAUAGCGAGCAACAGGGAUUUGUAGCUGCAGGUGAGACCAAUUCCUUGAUGUAACUACAUGGAUUUGUAGCCGCAGGA